CAUCCCUUCUGAAUCCCUAGAAGGGAGAAACUAGGAAAAGAAGCGAGGAGUACUCAAGAAGCGAGGAGUACUCAAGAAGCGAGCAGAACUCAAAAUUCGAAACGCAAGUUUAGUGGUCGGCACGAUUCCUGCUUUCGAUCUUAUACUUUUCUUCUUGCGCUUUCAAUCCUCCAUACUCUACUUUCGGAAUCAGAGGUCGUCAUAAGCUCUCUGCUCUGGCUUUGUACGAUCCCCGAAUAUUGUCAGUCUGAUUAGUGAUCAGCUAGUCUAUAGAGAGAAAUAAGUAAUAACUAAGCGGAAGGCAUAUUUUUAGGAUAUCCUGGCAGCCACGCAACCCUGUUUUGUUUAGGUCGUCUUGAGUUCUCGGAGAAAUGUUUUUGGGGGUCAUUCGCCGCAAAGUUGUUCUGUCAGCGUCAAAGGUUAGGUCUCCAAUCCGAACACCUGGACGUUACAACACUUCACAAAAGGAGGCUUUGAUCUAUGGGAUUGGCUCUCAACAUGUGCAGAGCUGUCAAUAUGGUAAAUUCUUAGGAAGUGAUAUUUAUUCAAAGGCAGGGAGAGACUACAAUGUGAUGCUUCGACCAGAAUAUUUUGUACGAAGGCAUAGAGCAUUUUCUUCGGACAAUGCUGAAGGAGACCUGGUUGAGGCUGUUGUCCCUUUUAUGGGUGAAUCUAUUACUGAUGGCACCAUUGCAAAAUUCUUGAAGAAUCCUGGUGACACAGUUGCAGUUGAUGAGGCAAUUGCUCAGAUUGAAACUGACAAGGUGACAAUAGAUGUGGUUAGUCCUGAAGCUGGCACCAUUCAAAAGUUUAUAGCCAAGGAAGGUGAUACUGUGGAACCAGGUACGAAGGUUGCCGUCAUUUCAAAAUCAGGUGAAGGUGCGGCUCAAGCUACGCCAUUGGAAAAAUCUGCUCCUCCACCUCCUGCAGCAAAGGAGAGUGCAGAAAAGAAAAUCCCUAAAGCAGAGUCCUCACCUGGCAAGGAGAAGGAUAGAAAACCUUCAACAUCACAAGAUGCAGUUCAAGCCCCUUCACCUUCUAGAUCCACAUCUUCAGAACCUCAGCUUCCUCCCAAGGAUAGGGAGAGACGAGUUCCAAUGACAAGACUGAGAAAACGAGUUGCAACCCGCUUGAAAGAUUCUCAAAAUACAUUUGCACUGCUGACUACCUUCAAUGAGGUCGAUAUGACCAACCUGAUGAAGCUUCGUUCGGAUUACAAAGAUGCCUUUGUGGAAAAACAUGGAGUUAAAUUGGGACUUAUGUCAGGAUUUGUUAAGGCUGCUGUAAGUGCUCUCCAAAGUCAGCCAGUUGUCAAUGCUGUGAUUGAUGGAGAUGAUAUCAUUUAUCGAGAUUACAUUGAUAUCAGCAUUGCUGUUGGCACUGCCAAGGGACUUGUUGUUCCUGUGGUCCGCAAUGCCGAAAAAAUGAAUUUUGCAGAGAUAGAGAAGGAGAUCAGUGCCCUGGGAAAGAAAGCGAAUGAAGGUACUAUAUCCAUUGAUGAUAUGGCAGGAGGUACAUUCACCAUAUCCAAUGGUGGCGUGUAUGGAAGUCUUCUAAGUACGCCAAUUAUCAACCCCCCACAGUCGGCUAUCCUGGGAAUGCACUCUAUUGUGUCACGUCCAAUGGUUGUGGGAGGCAAUAUAGUUCCCAGGCCAAUGAUGUACAUUGCACUAACAUAUGAUCAUCGGCUGAUUGAUGGAAGGGAGGCUGUCUUUUUCUUGCGCCGUAUCAAAGAUGUUGUGGAGGACCCAAGAAGGCUUCUCCUUGAUGUGUGAAGAACGCUCUGCUGAUAUAUAAUAAAUUGCAGCUGUGCAUAAGAUCCAGGAUUUUCAUUGAAAAAACCUUUUGGAUAUCAAAAUUUUGCAGGUAUAAUGUGUUUCAUUCACCUUCAAGCUAAGAGUGUUGAUCAAGCAGAAGGCUCGCUUGCAUUGCGUGCCUUGAAAAUGUUGGGUUGAGCUUUGGAAUUUAUUUUCUUGUUGCGGCUAAGAUGAUCUAUGUUUAGUAAUUUUGGAAUUAUUGCAGAGCAGUGAAUAUCCAAAUUCAAAUUUUUAGUUCUUUGUA